UAUAUCACUCGGUCUUUGACACCACGACCAAGUACUCGACCGCUCACCAGCCUAUCUCUCAUCGCCGGGAUCUCUUCGAACUUCAUGUUCAUUCUCCUCUGCAGCCUGUGGUACACAACCUCUGCGUUAUCUUCUAACACCGGAAAGGCCAUUCUCAACGAAUUUCGCUAUCCCAUCACCCUCACCUUUGUACAGUUCGGCUUUGUAGCCUUUUACUGUUUGCUAUUGAUGUCCCCUGUCCUGCGUUUUUCCAAGCUGCGCGCACCCACGAAAGCCAUUUUGAGGGAUACACUUCCUAUGGGAUUUUUCCAGGUUGGAGGCCAUGUCUUUUCCAGUAUGGCUAUCUCCCGUAUACCAGUCAGCACGGUGCAUACGAUCAAGGCAUUGUCACCCCUUUUCACCGUGGCGGCUUAUGCUCUUCUAUUCGGCGUGAGCUACUCUGCGAAAACGUACACCUCUCUGCUGCCGCUUACUUUCGGGGUAAUGCUGGCAUGUUCGUCCGACUUUUCGUUAUCAAACGCUGUCGGUCUACUUUGCGCUUUCGGCUCUGCCGUCGUUUUCGUCUCUUCCAACAUAUUCUUUAAGAAGAUUAUGCCCACAAACCAUGGAGGCGGAUUAUCUCAGCCCUCUCAAAAACUGGACAAAAUCAACCUACUCCUUUAUUCUUCCAGCAUGGCAUUCAUUCUUAUGGUUCCGAUAUGGCUUUACUAUGACUUGCCAGUCUUUCUAUCUCCAUCCGACCGUGUGUUCCACCCCUCGCAUGGACAUUCAAACCCGCAUUCGGUGACCUACUACUUUAUCAUGAACGGCACGGUUCAUUUCGCCCAGAACAUCAUCGCUUUCGUCAUCCUCUCUUCUACCUCUCCAGUCACAUACUCGAUAGCGUCGCUUAUCAAGCGUGUCGCUGUCAUCUGUAUAGCAAUUAUGUGGUUCAACCAAUCAGUUCAUCCUAUUCAGGCGUUUGGUAUAUGUUUGACCUUUGCCGGUCUUUACAUGUACAACAACGCCAAAAGCGAUGUGGAGAAGGGUGAAAAGAAAAUGAUGCGGGUGGAAGCUGCGAGGGAUUUGAAGCUGCCUACGACUAAUGCAGAUGCACGCAUGAUGGCUGGUACGGAUAGCCCUCCAGAGUCAUAUGCUAACACGGCAAUGACUUCAGCUACUGGUUUGGGUUCCGCCUCCAUUGUCCACGGUCGACCUCGUGCGGCUUCUGCUGUCUCGCACCUCAACGCGCACAAUCUGUCCGUGAAAAUUACACCUCCAUCUUUUAAUACCAAAAGGUCACCGAAAGAUCGAAUAGCUUCUCCCACAGAUUCAUAUCCAUCUCCGCCGCCGUCCCUGGACUCCCCGCCAUCCUCAACGGUUCCCCUCUCAGGUGCUCAAGUAGGGCUAUUUGAUUUACCAGAACACUCUCACCGGACGACUACUAUUUCAUGAAUAUUUAUCUCUACAUCUAUCACCUCCCUAAGUAUUCAAACAUAUAGACUUUUUGGUCUUAUCUGCCUUCGACUUACCAGCUGGAAUGGAUGUGGAAGUCUACACGUCUCUACGCGUCUCUACGUUCAUUCCUACAUUACAUUCGUUGUACAAGAGCUAUACAUACAUAUUUUAGACUUGUAGAUUUGAUUCCUAUGAUAAAUGGGCUGUUCAAGAAUUUCGAUGAUGGCCGGAAUCAGCCCGGCAGC